AUGGAACGUGGUAUUUGUGAAGAAUGCAGUCUCGAAAACACGGGUGUCAAUGAUUCAAGUAAUCCCGAUAAACUCUUAAGAGAGGAUGAAAAAGAGUACGAGAUAUUUAAGCAAAUCAAGGAGGUCGAAGAAUUAGAAAAGAAAUGUCCAAGCUAUGACUCGGUAAAAUCGGAUCCACUUGAAUAUGUCACCCAUCCUCAAGCAAUCUAUACUUCUCGAUUUAUAG